CACGCACAACAUUUUUCUUAUACAUUUCACUCGACGGCCCGGCCCAAGGUCUGAUGAUUUGGCCCGGCCCAGGCAUAGCACGGCCCGAGUUGGGUCGUGCCCGUGCCAGGGCUGCUACCUCGGCACACUGGCCGGCACGAAGUUCAGCGAUGUGAAACAAACUUAUUUUCAACCAUAUGUAAGACAGGGCACAAAGAAUAGGGAGGAAAAAUAGACGUAUCAUAUAGCACGGCCCAAAGAGUAAGGGAAAUAAAAUAGACUUAUUUUAGCUAUAUAUAUGUCACGGAAAAAGUACACCGAAGGUCCCUGAACUUGUCACCGAGAUUAAAAAACAUACUUGAAUCGCAAUACCAGACACCCGAGGUCCCCUAACUUUACAAAACCGGACACCCGAGGUCCCUCAGCGGUUUUCAACCCAGUUUUGUCCGAAGCAGCGGCUGAGUCAGCGUGGGACCCACAUGGGCCCCACAUGUCAGCUGGCCACUUCAGCUUCAUACCUCUCCCCCUCUUCUCUCCCUUCCUCCUCUCUCUCUCUCACUCUUGUCUCUAUCGGCGGGGGAGCAAGGCGGCUUCGGCAGCGGGAGCAGGAGAGCAAGGCGGCGACGGCGGCGGCCUCCGGUCUCCCCCACCCUCUUCGCUCUGGGCUGAGGCCGCCGUGAGUCAAAUCGACGGAAACCCAAAUCGGCGGCGGCGGCGACGCGUCGGGGAGGAGCUCGUGGUGGCAGUGGCCGAGGACGGCGAGGUUCCUGUGGGAGAUGGCGCACGAGAAGCCCAUCCGGUUCACGCCGCGGCAGCUCGCCGGGUUCACGCGCGGCUACUCGGCGCGGCUCGGCGCCGGCGGCUUCGGGACGGUGUACGGCGGCGCGCUCCCCAACGGCCUCGGUGUGGCCGUCAAGGUGCUCCGCAGCGGCAUGGGCAGGAGGUCCGAGGAGCAGUUCAUGGCGGAGGUGGGCACCAUCGGGAGGACGCACCACAUCAACCUCGUCAGGCUGUUCGGCUUCUGCUUCGACGCCGCCGUGCGCACGCUGGUGUACGAGUUCAUGGGCGACGGCGCGCUUGAUGCCUACCUGUUCGACCGGACCCGCGCCGUCGGCGACAGCGACGGCCUCCGGUCUCCCCCGUCCUCUUCGCUCUGGGCUGAGGCCGCCGUGAGUCAAAAUCGGCGGAAACCCAAAUCGGCGGCGGCAGCAACGCGUCGGGGAGGAGCUCGUGGUGGCAGUGGCCGAGGACGGCGAGGCUGGCGGUGAUGUGCGCCUGGUUGCGGCGGAGCGGGCUGCGGAAGACCGCGGCGGAGUGGCCAUGGAGGGAGCAGCAGAACGACAAGCAAAAACUCGCCGCGGCAGCGGUGGCGAGGCGAUGGAAGGAGGAGAAGUUGGCGGUGGCGGCGGCGAGCUCAUGGAAGGCGCGCGAGGAGGAGAACGCAUCGGGAUCAGUGGCGGCAGGUAGGCUCGCGAGGAAGUGAGCAUAGAUGGCGGAGGCGGUGCCGGCGGGGGGAUUGGAAGGCGGCGGCCGCAAGAAGAGCAGCGGCGAGGCGGGAGCAGGCUGGGGAGAGUGAGAGGCGCGCGACGGUCGGCAUGGGGACAGCGCAUAGGGAGUGGCGGCGCUCGGCCGGCAAGGGAGAUGCCGCCUCCUGCUCCCGCAUCGCCGUGCCGCCAUGUCCUCCUCCCACGGGCCGCCGCCGUGGAUGGGAGUGGUGGCGCUCGGCCUCGUCGUCGUCGUCGGCGCCUCCGAGCAAGGAUAGGGCCGCUGCCGCCGCCGUGCUCCCCGAUAUGGAUAGGGCCGCCCCAAGCCCGAGCGCCGCCUCUCCUGCCUCGCCCCGCCGAGCUCCGAGCCGGCCACCGCCCUUCACCACCGGCGUCCUCCUCCUCCUUCGCCGCCGCAUCGACGGCUUGCCCCGCUGCUCCCUCCCGGCCGCCUCAGCGACGUCAUCCCUGCGAGUGCGAGAGCAGAGCGAGAGGAAGGAAAGAGAAACAGAGAAAGAGAAAGGGGAAAGAGAGGGUGACGUGGAUAUAUGACAUGUGGGGCCCACGCUGACUCAGCCGCCACAUAGACCAAAACCGGGGUCAAAACCACCGAGGGAUUUUGGGUGACCAGUUUUGUAUAGUUAGGGGACCUCGGUUGUCUGGUAUUGCGGUUCAAGGACGUUUUCGUAUCUCGGUGACAAGUUCAGGGACCUCCGGUGUACUUUUUCCUAUA